AUGGCUUGUGCUACUCACCUUCUUCCCAUGUUCAUACUGAUACAACUUUGUUCUCUAGUUGUAUCUACUUCCCAUGCCCAUGAUCAUGGUAACACUACAACUGCUUCUUACUGUCAGCCAGACCAGGCUGCCGCACUUCUCCAAUUAAAGCAGUCAUUCAUCUUCGACUAUUCCACCACCACACUGCCAUCAUGGCAACCAGGUACUGACUGCUGCCUUUGGGAGGGCGUCGGCUGUGGUGGUGGCGGCAGUGUCCGAGUUCUUGAUCUCGGCGGCCGUGGCCUCUACAGCUAUGGCUGCCAUGCUGAGCUCUUCAACCUUACCUCCUUGCACUACCUCGAUCUCAGCAUGAAUGAUUUUGGCGGUUCUCGCAUCCCAGCAGCAGGCUUUGAGAAGCUAUCCAAGCUCACUCACCUCAACCUUUCUUAUUCAGGCUUCUAUGGUCAGAUACCAAUCGCCAUCGGGAAGCUCACGAGCCUCUUAUCAUUGGAUCUUUCUUCGCUGCAGAAUAUAAUUUUCGGGACUCCAUAUGUUCGCUUGAGUGGCUAUAACAAUCUGCUGCUACAAGAGCCCAGCCUUGACACCUUAUUGGAAAACCUCACCAAUCUGAGGGAACUCUACCUUACCGGAGUGGACAUGUCUGGUAGCGGAGAACACUGGUGCAGUGGUCUAGGUAAAGCUGUCCCCAGUCUUCAGGUUCUUAGCAUGCCAUACUGUAAUCUCUAUGGACCAAUCCACUCAUCCAUGGCAAGUCUUCGGUCGCUUACGGUGAUUAACCUCGAGCGUAACCAUAUUUCUGGUGUGGUUCCUGAAUUCUUCUCACACUUUCUCAAUUUAAGUGUUCUUCUACUCAGCGACAACAGUUUCAAUGGCUUGUUUCCUCUGACAAUCUUUCAACUUAGCAAUAUAAGGGAGCUUGAUGUCUCCAUCAACAGUGAACUCUCAGGUUUUUUACCAGAAUUUCCAAAUGGGACUUCGUUGGAGAUUUUGAAUCUACAGUUAACAAAUUUCUCUAGUAUCAAGCUGAGUUAUUUUAGCAACCACCUGUAUCUUAAAGAGCUAGGUCUUGAUGCGAGGUCAAUUUCUGUCGAGGCUAAUGGUUUAUUGUUCAGCAAGCUCAACUCUUUGCAAAAUUUGCAGAUCUCUUUUGCACAAUUUUCUAGGGAGUUAGGGCCACUUUUCGCAUGGAUUGGUAACCUUAAGAAGUUGACAAUCUUGCAACUCUCUUAUUGCUAUUCGUCCAAGAUAAUGCCCCCUUUGAUUGGCAACCUCACCAACUUGACAAGUUUGGAAAUUACUAAAUGUGGAUUUAUUGGGAAAAUACCACUAUCAAUUGGCAACCUCAACAAGUUGACUUCCUUGAAAAUUUCUGAUUGUGCCUUCUCUGGAACAAUACCAUCUUCAGUUGGCAAUCUUAAGAAACUAAGAAGCUUGGUAAUCACUGACACUGGCUUAUCAGGUCGAAUACCAGCAGAUAUUGGACAUCUCAGCAGAUUGAAGGUCUUAAUAUUAGCAGGCUGCAAGUUUUCUGGUAGAAUACCAAGUACAAUUGUUAACUUGACUCAACUCAUUGUGGUGAAUCUUUCACAGAAUUUCCUCCGAGGAGGGAUUCCAACAUCUCUAUUCACUUCUCCAACAAUGUUAAUGUUGGAUUUAUCAUCAAACCAACUUUCUGGACAAAUACAAGAGAUUGAUACACUAGAUUCACAGUUAACAUUGGUUUUUUUGAGUCAAAAUAAAUUUAGUGGAAAGAUUCCUGCAUCAUUCUUUAUACUCACAAAUUUGGUGGGCCUUGAUCUUAGCUCAAACAACAUAACAGGUUUGGUACAAUUCAGUUCACUCUGGAGGUUACCAAAGCUUGCUUAUUUGGGUCUCUCAAACAAUAGGUUGUCUGUCUUGGAUGGAGAAGACAACAAAUCAGCAGUGCCCUUACUACCUAAACUCUCAAUUUUAGUACUUGCGUCUUGCAACAUGACAAAAAUUCCUUAUUUAUUGCGGCAUAUUAAUCAUCUCCAAGUAUUGGACCUUUCAAGCAACAAAAUACAAGGGACAGUACCCCACUGGAUAUGGGAGAAAUGGGAUGAUAGCCUUACACAAUUGAAUCUUUCAAACAACAUAUUCACACAUAUGCAACUCGCUUCAUAUGUUCUCCCAUACAACCAUUUGAGAUCUCUAGAUUUAAGUUCCAAUAGACUUCAAGGCCAGAUUCCGAUGCCAAACUUGUUGACAGCGGUUUACACCAACACACAAUUCCUGGAUUACUCGAACAAUAGAUUCUCUUCUAUUAUGUCAAACUUCACUGCUUAUCUUCGCCAAACAGCUUAUCUCAAGUUGUCAAAAAAUAACAUUAGUGGCCAGAUACUGCAUUCAAUUUGCGAUGUAAGCAACCUCGAAGUCCUUGACCUGUCAUAUAACAACUUCAGUGGGUUCAUGCCAUCCUGCAUGAUAGAAGGCACCAGCUUGGUCGUAUUAAAUAUAAGGGAGAAUUACUUCGAAGGAAAUUUGCCGGAUAAUUUUAGUGACCACUGCAAUCUUCAAACAAUAGAUUUACAUGGCAACAAGUUUGAAGGUACGCUGCCUAGGUCUCUUUCAAACUGCUCUGACUUGGAGGUUCUUGACAUUGGAAACAAUCAAAUUGUUGAUACUUUCCCAUCCUGGGUGAGUAGGCUUUCCAAUCUGCGUGUCCUUGUUUUUAGAUCCAACCACUUCUAUGGCUCACUUGCUUAUCCUCCCAGCAAUAACAAAUUUGGGGAAUGCUUCUCAAAGUUACAAAUAAUUGAUAUUGCCUCAAAUAACUUCUCUGGCAAUUUGGAUCCACGAUGGUUUGAGAAUUUGCCAUCUAUGAUGGAUAAGUCAAAUGAUAAAGGACAACUCUUAGGCCAUCUGAUGACGCACAAUAAUGUAUACUACCAUGAUACUGUUGCAAUCACAUACAAAGGUCAAUAUGUGACAUUUGGAAAAAUAUUGACUGCGUUAACAGCAAUUGACUUCUCAAAUAAUGCAUUGGAUGGUGACAUUCCUGAAUCAACUGGAAGGCUAUUUUCUCUACAUAUACUGAGCAUGUCACAUAAUGCAUUUACAGGGAGGAUUCCACCACUAAUUGGUGGUAUGAGCCAGUUGGAAUCACUAGACCUGUCCUGGAACGAGCUUUCUGGGGAGAUUCCACAAGAGCUAACAAAUUUAACAUUUCUUGGUACCCUAAACUUGUGCGGAAACAAGCUGGAUGGAAGGAUACCACAGUCACGUCAGUUUGCCACAUUUGAGAACACUUCAUAUGAAGGGAAUACAGGGCUCUGUGGGCCACCUUUGACCAAACCAUGUGGCGAUUCAAGUAACCCAAAUGAGGUGCAAGUAAACACAUCGGGAGAUCAUGUUGAUAUCAUUUUGUUUCUCUUUGUUGGGGUGGGCUUUGGCGUUGGAUUCACAGCAGGUAUUCUGAUGAAAUGGGGGAAAAUAGGCAAAUGGUUGCAGAUUGCGUGA